UCAAUCUGACACGUCUGACAUCUCUCCCACUUUGUGUUGGUCUCACCAGCUCCAAGCACCACCACACCGGUUCAGUACUUGGCCACCAAGUGUGUCGACACCACCAAGCUUCGCCAGGAGGCCAAAUGGUUCAUGCCUUGGGGUCCGAACCAAUGCGACAAGAUCCGGACCUUCGAUGAAGCCAUGGCCAAGAAGAUUGAGGCCAACAACAUUGUGUUUGCGGUCCACAUCCCUCUGCCCAACAAGGAGAUGAGCCCCUGGUUCCAGUUCAUGCUGGUCAUCCUGCAGUUUGACAUCGCAUUCAAGAUGGACAACCAGAUAGAGGAUGGAGCGAUGGCCACCAUAGACGUGGGCCUGGCCUACAGAGACGACACCGUCAGUGAGUGGACGGAGAUGGCGCACUCUUUUGAACAGAGGAAGCUCAAUUGCAACUUCACCGCUGCCAAGACCUUUGAGAACGAAGGACGUUACUAUGAGUGUGACCCGCUUCCUUUCAUGGAGGUCGGCAGCGUGGCCCAUAAGUACUAUCUUCUCAACAUCCGCCUGCCCGUCAACGAGCGGAAGAAGGUCAACGUGGGGAUCGGAGAAAUCAAAGACAUCCGCCUCGUUAGCAUCCACCAGAAUGGAGGCUUCACCAAAGUUUGGUUCGCCAUGAAGACGUUCCUCACACCCAGCAUCCUCAUGAUCAUGAUCUGGUACUGGAGACGGAUCAGCCUCAUGAGGAGACCACCUGUGCUGCUGGAGAAGGUCAUCCUCGCUCUGGGCAUCUCCAUGACCUUCAUCAACAUACCAGUGGAGUGGUUCUCUGUUGGCUUCAACUGGAGCUGGAUGCUGCUUUUCGGGGACAUCAGGCAGGGCAUCUUCUACUCCAUGCUGCUCUCUUUCUGGAUCAUCUUCUGUGGGGAGCACCUCAUGGACCAGACGGAGAGGAACCGUUGCUCAGUUUACUGGAAGCAAGUCGGCCCCAUCGUGUUUGGCUCCUUCUGCCUGUUUAUCUUUGACAUGUGCGAGAGAGGGGUCCAGCUGACCAACCCGUUCUACAGCAUCUGGGCGUCUGAUGUGGGAACUGAGCUUGCUAUGGCAUUCAUAAUUGUGGCCGGGAUCUGUGCCUGUCUCUACUUCCUCUUCCUCUGCUUCAUGGUUUUUCAAGUCUUCCGCAACAUCAGCGGUAAGAGGACGUCCCUGCCCGCAAUGUCCAAGGCCAGACGGCUGCACUAUGAGGGUCUGAUCUUCAGGUUCAAGUUCCUCAUGCUGGUCACGCUGACCUGUGCCGCCAUGACUGUCAUCUUCUUCAUCAUCAGUCAGGUGAAUGAGGGCCACUGGCACUGGGGUGAGCACACGGUGCAGGUGAACAGCGCCUUCUUCACCGGCAUCUACGGCAUGUGGAACCUGUACGUGUUCGCCAUCAUGUUCCUCUACGCACCGUCUCACAAACGUUAUGGAGACGAUCAGUCGACUGGUCAGUGCAUCACUGGAGAUACUGGAGCAAACAGCGGAGAGGACAUCCAGCUGACUACUACCAUCACCCAUGUCGAUGGCCCCACUGAGAUCUACAAGAUGACAGGCAAAGGGGCCCAGGAGUAGAUGUCACGCUGUUGUUGGGGCUACCCUCUCCUUCCUACUGCGCCUAUGAUCCCUUCCCUCGUGUGUGUGUGUGUGUGUAUAAUCAAACAGGCUUUUGGCUUUACAUCCUCUGGAUAGACGACGGCAUCAACAAUCUAGCUUGUAUGUCAUGUCCCACAUUCCUGGCCUCUUCCAGCACCAAACCCUCAGCUUUGUGACUUGUUACGUGCCACCCUGUUUCCAAUUGUUUCUCUAAAGACUGAAUAUUAUCAACACAUCAUUAUCAGUCCUUUUCAUUUCCCAGUGGAAUGUUGUUCUUACAUUUCAUACUUUAUUUUAACUGGCUGUGUUUGUAAAUAUUGCACAAUGCGUUUGACACCAAAAUAAAGGAGAUUAGAGUUUAGUGAGAACAUUUGGCAGACCUCAUACUCCUGUGAUUAAACUACAGUUUGGGAGAACAUAAUCAUGUAAGACCUGGACUUAAGAUGGACAGUAAGAUUUAGUGGCCACAUUUGAGUUACUCCUAUUUGAAUUUUUGACUAAUUACUUAUUAUAUUUUGAGUCGAGGCUUUGUGAAUGUCAUCAAUGCAUAUUCUUCCAUACAAAGUAGAGCAUGUAUAGUAUUGCUGUCAAGUGGAGAUCUUUUUUUAUAUCAUUGUUGGAAAUGUACUGACUACAUAGCCACUUUUGGAAAUGCAUACUGUAUGUUUAUUAUGUUACAAUGUAGAUAUCUAUUUUUUAUAAAGUGCUUGUUUUCAACUUCAUGAAAUGUAUGGAUCAAGCUCUAUCAAUGUUUUUGAAGUUGAACUGUAGUCCAUUCUUUUUUUUGGGUUUUAUGGUUAUUUAAAUAAUAAAAACAACUUUUACUUAA